AGGGUAGGUUUGUGAGGAGUGGGAGUGAUUCUAAAUGGAUCACGUGGGAUUCUCCCCUAAGUAGGCGGUGACGUCGCAGGGCUCAGUCAGUCAGCGGAGCGGCGUCAUUUCAACAGCUGCUUUACUUUCCACUAGCCCACCCCACACAUCAUUUGAGGAAGAGGAGAGGCUUCGCUGCCUUCUACUGCACUUCAGGGUUGUGUUCCGUUAGACCAGGCACGAGAGGCCUUUUACAGCCGUUAUUCUGGCAGGAAGAACCCGCGACAGCCACCUUACUCGUUUCGCGCCGAUGUGUUUUCCCUCGUUUCUUCACUGGACAUACCUCAUAACGACUGCAGACGCGCGACGCGGAAUGUGACCGUUGAAGUUCUUUUUUUAAAAAUUCUCCGUUCCCGCCUCUAGCCGCUGUUUAUAUUUGUGGAGAAAUUAACAGGCAUUCGCUGUUUAACGGAAGAAGGAGCGAAAGUAGCGGUCUCAGUGAUAGUACCACAGACAAUUCACGGGAGAUAAAGCCUAAUGUGUGCAGCGCCAGACAACAAUAGCUCCUGACAGAUGGAAGGAGGGGUUUUGCUGCACGAAUUCAAGAUGGAAAACGAAGAAAUGCGGCUAAGUUCUUGCGAGUAGCGCGAGGGGAAGUGAAGAGGUGGUUUAUCGUCUCUUUCUUUGAGGGAAUGAUGGCGCGUGGUGCGGGUCGACAGACGGCGCGCGCAUCUUUCCACUCUGUCACAGAGUGAGAGCACAGAUACAUCAGUCUGAGGAAGCAGUCGUCCUUCAGAAGGGAACUGCCCCAAAGCAUGACCGUCUGUCACUGGGGAGGGCCAGGGAAACGCAUUCCUGCAACUCUCAUGAACAGUUUGUCAUCCCCCUCGUAGGUCCACCUGCGGCCCUGAACACACCCAUCUGCCAGCUCAGAUAACCCUCAGGCUGUUUGCAACACAUGUUUGAUGUGAUUGGUUGUGACCGCCGCGCUUUGCUAAGCAGUCCCACUCUACAUCAUGCAGUGGCGUCGGCGACACUGCUGCCCCAUCAAGAUGACCUGGAAUGUCAAGCGGUCACUCUUCCGCACACAUGUAGCAGGCCUUCUCUCGCUGGCCUCAAUCUUCGCCCUCUUUCUCAUCUACUGUCACCAGGAUUUGCUGCAGGGUCGGAGUUGGUUGAGAGACAACCCCUUGGUUUACACCAUGCGGGGUUUGCGCCCCCACAAGGAGCGUGCGAAGGGAAACCAAAGCUCACUGCGUAGCCUCUGGAAAGACAAUGGUUAUGUGCUCCCCAAACCAUCUGUUAACUUCAAUUUCAGUUCUCACCAGGCUGAGAUAACUGCCCGGGGGAUUGUGGGGUUGGAGAUCUCGUCGAGCGGGAACAACUCUAGCACUAACGGCAACACCAAGAGCUUGCACAGGGAAAUGGGAGUGGGAGGGCGUCUGGCAGCCCAGCCUUAUCACUGGCUGCUUAAUGAGCCCUACAAGUGCAACGAAAGCAGUCCCUUCCUGGUUUUGCUAAUUGCUGCCGAGCCAAGGCAGUUGGAGGCAAGGAAUGCCAUUAGACAGACCUGGGGCAAUGAGAGCUUGGCCUUGGGUUAUGGGUUUGUGCGGCUCUUUCUGUUGGGAAGGAUACAGAAUGCGUAUCCCCAGAGCUCCAUUGAGGAGGAGAGCUUGCAGUACCAUGACAUCAUUCAGCAGGACUUCUUGGACACCUAUUACAACCUUACCAUCAAGACCCUAAUGGGCAUGAGCUGGGUUGCUCGCUAUUGCCCGCACGCUCAUUAUGUCAUGAAGACGGACAGUGACAUGUUUGUCAACACAGAAUAUCUCAUCCAAAAGCUGCUAAAGCCAAACAUGGCACCUCGACAGAAUUACUUCACAGGCUACCUAAUGAGAGGCUACGCUCCUAACCGCAACAAGGACAGUAAGUGGUACAUGCCACCAGAGCUGUAUUCCAGCGAGAGAUAUCCUAUCUUUUGCUCUGGGACAGGCUAUGUGUUCUCGGGGGACAUGGCGGCGAAAAUCUACAAUGCCUCGUUGAGCAUUCGUCGCCUUCACCUCGAGGAUGUGUAUGUAGGAAUCUGCCUGGCCAAACUGCGGAUCGACCCAGUGCCACCACCAAAUGAGUUUCUCUUCAACCACUGGAGAGUGUCAUACUCCAGCUGCAAAUACAGUCACCUGAUCACCUCUCACCAGUUCCAGCCCAACGAACUCAUUAAAUACUGGAGUCACUUGCAAAGCAACAAGCACAAUCCUUGCCUUAACAUGGCGAAGGAUAAGAGCGGGCGACUGCGCCAUAGGAAGUUACAGUGGGAAGGUCUUCGGUGAUUAGCCAGGGCUCAGGGUGCAGUAGUGUUACCACAGCAUGUGCAAAAUUCAGCAGUUUAUGAGGUAGGGAACAGCACAGUGUUUUUGGUAUUGUGAAUCAAAACUAUUUUUUUUAUUUCAGAGAAAUGUUAUGUAUUGUAAUCCUGUCUUUUUAAAGGGAAGUGAGAGACAUCUAUGUGUGCGAUAUCUAGCAUGCACAACAAUAACCAUCCAAUGGCGAUACCGCCAUUUUCAGGUGCCAAUUAGUCGAGACAUAUUAAGAGGUUGCCGAACUUCAUCUUCAAGCUAACGAUUGAGUGGUAUUACUAAGGGCCAAUUUUUUCGAGAUCCUCAGUUUCUGUAAACAAAAGAAGAAAAAAUCGGGAAUAUCAUAUGGUGGUGUAUCUUUACUGUGACAUAUUUGAUUCUCAAUGAUGUCCAACCCUGACAUUAUGAGAUGAUGUUGAUUUUUCUAUCUACCUACAACCUGCAAAUGGUUUACAGUUACCAAACCAAAUUAAAAACAGUAUGUGUUAAAGAAAAUAUAUGGAAUUUAAUUGCAUCAUAGAUGUCAGAUAUUAUUAAAAUAAUAUUUUUCAAAGCUUUACAAUGACUAAAUAUACAGGUCUGCCCUUGAUUAGGGCAAGUUAAAACUAUUUAUUAAAUGUAUUUCUUAAGCACAUUGUCUCAGAGGUGUGGUCUCUUACAGUGUUGUUCAAAUUAUGUGACAUUAUCCAAAUACUAUGUUACUCAGCCUGAACAGAAACCCUGUUUUACAAUGUAAUUAUUUAGAUCCGAACACAUUUCGCUAAACAAAUUCAAUAAAAUUGUCAUAACCCAUAAACAGACAAUGAAAAACAUGGAGUUGAAAGCAUUUUUGGCUACCUCAGUGACCCCCAGGAAAUUGUCAGUGGUAUAAAUCUUGACAGGAAACUGUAGAUUUUAUCAAAUAAACAUUAUUGCAAAUAAUUCAAUUCUAAUUUACUUUUACAGACAGUUUGCCAUUCAUUUGCAAAACUAAAAAAUGUCUAAGUUGUCAAAAUCUGCAUAAUUUAUGCAAAUUUCAAAACAUCAUUAUGUACUCAUUAAAUUAAAAUGAGACUUAAAAAAAUCCCAGAAUCAGUCCCCAGAUGGAACUGAAGACUAAUGCGUUAAUGAUAAAGUAGAUAGUGUUGCUCUGGGUCAAAAUAUAUAAUUAGUGGGGGGCUUCACAACACAUUAGCUGAGAGUAAUCCAAUUAAAUUGAUGCUGGCAACAUUUGAAGGGUUUAUUUAUCAUUUUCAUUACUCAUUUGUCAGUCUAAUUUUAAUUAAACACAUAUUCGAGUGACUACGAUAAGUGCUAGAUGCAGAAUUUGUGCAUCAAUUUCCGGUGACUUGGAAGACAUUUCAAUGUACCCUUCUCACAAAUCAUAAGCACUUGAGUUUCACAAUAUAACAAUUAUUGUGAUAUAAACGAGUCCCUUCAUUUCCAGACCUUUACUUGUUGGAAAAACUUCAGUUAUUAUUAAAAACAGACUUUGACAGCGGAAACAGUAACUGUUUUAAAGAUAAAAGAUGAAUCUUUACUUCAGAGUAAGAAUGGAACAAUUUACUUGUAGACUCUUAUGUUUUCAUGACACUUCUGUGUUAUAUAAAAAUAGCAACAAAAACGGCAAGUGGUAAAGACUAAGAAAAACUAACAAACUUGUUUGUGAACUGUAAUAACUUAAAAAAAAAAUGCAGUUGUUUAUCUCACAAUGCAGUCAUUGUUUUACCAUUUAAAGCAGAUAAUUUGAUGAGUUAUAUAGACCUGAGUUUCACAAUAUUGUGGCACAGUAAGUUCAUUUCCAGGCCUAUACUUGUGUUUGGACAGUUUGCUUCCACCUCCACCCAGAAAUACUAAAAAAAGACUUUGACAGUGGAAACCAUUGAAGAUAAAAAGUGGAACUUUACUCUAGAAUAGAAAUGGAAUAAUUUUACUUGCAAGCUCUUGAGAUUUCACAACACUUCUUCCUAAUGUAAGUACAGUACCAAAAAUAAGAAGUGAUAAGGACUAGCAAACUUGUUUAUGAACUGCAGUAACAUAAGAAUUUUGGUGCAGUCGUUAAUCUAUUGAAAUAUUUUCUACACAGCUUAUUUUAAGCAUCAUAUGGACUAUAAAUAAAUCACUAUAUUUAAAUGUUACAGUGCAACACUCAAAAUGUGCAAACUGUCCUAAGCAUCAGGAGAUUUCCAGGAACUCAUUGCUUUAGACCCUAAAACCAUCUGUUAGAAAUUACAUUCUAACACAAGUCAAUUCACAAAGCAACUAGCAAUUCCAGUGCAUUGCAAUCCAUUAAAUACUCAUCUGUUGUUAAGCAUUUAUCUUCCUCAAUUAAUAGGAAUCAAAGUUAUGGCCAAGGGCGAGAGAAUAUAACAAAUAGAAGCAGCUUUCAUUCCAUCGCGCCACGGAUUGCAGUGCAAUCACAAAGAAAGAUUAGCACACUUCAUCCACAACACUUUGUCCCACUGAUUUACCAGAGAGAGAGAAACCAAGAAAAAAAAUAACUGGGGGCGAGUGAUGAAUGAACAGGAAAGAGGCUGUGACUGAUCAGUAUUGAAAACCUGUGCUGCUCUUAAUGUGUGAAAAGUGAACCCGGCAAAAGAACUCUGAUGUCCACCAUGAUGGAGUGGGUCGCCGAAAGCACGGACCCAGACACGUGUUUCCAGAAAUAUAGCAAGUACCAGAGUAUGAUGAAUGUCCCAAUAGCACCAAAAGCCUAUAGCACAGCAAUGAGAUUGAAGAAGAAAAUUCUCGCUGAAUCAGUAGGGUGUAAUUUUGCUUGUUCAUGUUUUGAUAUGUAAACAUAUAAAACAAAUUCAAUCAAA